GAUUCGGCUGCGCCUGUUUCUAAUGUGAUGACAGCUGAUUCUACCGAGACGGAGCCGGGACGUGCCGUGUCACUUUCUACUGACAACAAUGUUUUCUUGAUUUUCACGCCGAAACAAAUAACAGCAGCAGUUCUUCCCCGGAGGAUAAUGGCUGUGUGCACAGCUCCGGAGCUGAGAGAAGUGUAGCUGCUGUAAAGUUGUGUCGAAGAGAGAAAAAGCAGCUCCGCCACCGCCACAACUACCACAUCACCAGGCUGAGAGAAGUUGGAUAUCUUGUCUGACUGGAUCUAACGGCACGAGACCACAUUUUCCACAGGACGUUCAGCCAAUUUAUCGGUUAUGAGUAAUGGAAGCAGGGUCGGUGGUGCGUGCCGUGUUUGAGUUUCUCCCCAGCGUCUCUGAGGAGCUGCCACUCUUCACCGGUGAUGUCAUUGAGGUGCUCAGUGUUGUGGACGAGUUCUGGUUGCUUGGUAACAAAGAUGGUGUCACAGGUCAAUUCCCCAGCACGUUUGUGGAAGAGAUUACCAUUCCCAGCACCAAGCCUGGAGACCGACUCUACGUAUGCGUCAGUGAUUUCAGCUCAGCGGAGCCGGGCAACCUGUCUCUGAAGAGAGGUGAUGUGGUAGUCGGAGAGGCAGGGGGGUCCAUGAACCUCGGGGAAACAUGGCAACGUGGCUGUAAUGCCUGGGGCAUCCGUGGCCUUUUCCCCACAUCAUGUGUGAAGGAGCUGAACCUUUCAGGUCGCUCCAGGCAGCUGUCUGAACGCUCAGCCCAGGCUCAAGCUUCAGAGCUCCCACCUUAUGCCCUAGGCCAGGCCCGGGCCCUUAUGAACCUCCAUGCGCAGCUUAACGAGGAGCUGGACUUCCGUGAGGGGGACCUGAUCAUCAUCACAGGCCUGCCUGAGCCGGGCUGGUUCCAGGGAGAGCUGGAGGGCCGCAGGGGAAUCUUCCCAGAGGGCUUUGUGGAGCUCUUAGGUCCCCUUCGCUCUCCUCAGGAGCCCACAGACUGCCAGUAUCUGAACACUGACCUUCAGCAGUUCAGCUAUGAGGACAAUUACGAUGCAGGAGAGGGCACUGAGGAGGAGGGUGUGGAAGAAGGGGAGGUUUUUCUGAGAGAGGAAGAGGAGCAGAAGGAGGAUGAAGUACAUGAAGAAGAGGAGGAGGAGGGCGGUGUCUAUGGAGUGGCACUGUACGAGUUUCGGGCCAUGGAGCCCGGUGAGUUGGACUUUGAUGUGGGAGAUCGUAUACGUCUUAUAAGCACUUUGGAAGAUGGUUGGCUGGAGGGGGAGCUGAGAGGGCAGCGUGGUAUUUUUCCUCAUCGUUUUGUCAAGAUAGAGGGCGACGGGCAGAAAACCUCAGAGGAAACAAGUGUUGCUGAGCCAGAAGAAGACAAGGGGAACAGCUGCACCUCUGAUUACAAUGGGUCAGAGAAUGAUCCUGAGUGGAGGACGUACGAGGAUCAUACAGUGUGGGACCUGGAUUACUUCGAGAGGACUGAGGAGCAGAGGUUUCAAAAUGAAAACAAAGGCACUGGGACUCAAACUAACAACAGAACACAGAGAGAAGGAGGCAACAGGCCUGACUCUCAACCACAUAGACCUGUCGCCCCGUCACAAAGACGGCCCGAGAGACCCAAAUCAACUCCUCCAGCAAGACCCAGACUCCCGCCUCGGCCUAGCCUGCCUGCACGUAGCCACAGGCACCAUAGCCCAUCUUCUGGUGCACAUCGGUCUAAGUAUACGAAUGGUAACACUCGACCAUUACAGCCCAGGCUAACUCACAGCCUAACCCUCCCCAGCACUCAGCAUGGUUGGUCUAAAGACAGCAGAUACUACCAGAGGCCACCAGCGGACGGUGCCACCACUAACAGCAGAAGUGCCAGUCUCGGCCAGGCAUUGAUUAACCUCGUUGAAGGCCACAAACAGAAGAAGCUAACUCGCCAUGCUAGCAUCAGUGAUGCUGAUAUGAUGAUGGGCAGCGCUGAGACACGGACACAUUCCCAGCAGACAACGCGUGGCUCCAACGGGAUAAUGCCAACAUCCAUCACCUUAGAUGCCCUGGCAACCUCGGCCAGUGACUUGGAGGCCAAGCUAACCCAGCAGCUUUUUGAGUUUGAGAAAAGCUUGACCACCUCAUAUAGCGAUACAAACGUGAGCUCUGGUGCCUCAAGGGACAUGUCAUCUGUAAGUGACCUGAGUCAGCAGUCCCAUAUCUCACGACACUUUUCUAUUCUGGACUACAGUGAUGAAAGUGAUAUAAUCCGAGGCUCCUCGCAUUCUCCUGUGUCCCACCUCUUGCAGUCAAACUCUGCUUCCUCCUCGCUGGAGAGGCGCAGGACCCUCCGUCCUCCCCCUCCUCGUCCCAGAGCCCUUCGUCCCCCAGCUCCAGCUCCAUACAAACCGGCCCGCCCGGCUCCACGCCCCCCUCCGCGCUGCCCGAGACAAAACACCGCUCCUCCAACCAGCAACCCCCCAACGAGCAACCCCAUCUUCUACACCCCUGACGAACCAGCUGUCAACCUUCUCGACCAAAUAGCGGAAGGCCAGGGCGAGUUCGGCGACCUCGCGGCCGCCCAGGAGCACGAGAUCCGGUGCCAGCUGGAGGCAGAGAAAGAGCUGGAGAGGGAGAUGGAGCUGGAGAGUCAGAGACAGAGGGAAGAGGAGGAGAGGUACCAGCUGUUGCUACGGUUACAAGAGGUGGAGCACGACAUGGAGGCAUACGCGCACACAGCAGAGGAACUCAGGGCCAUGCUGGAGGAGGAGGAAGAGGAGACGGCCCGCAUGCAAGCCAUGGAGAAUCUGGAGUUCUGCAACUACACGCUGGAGACGCUAGCCCUGGAGCAGCAACAGCUACAAGAGAUGACGCUCCUGUCGUCCCAACCCAAACCACUUGACUCUGCCCCGGCCUCGGACUCGACCCCCGCCACCAGCACGGACACCGAGGACCCGGAGCUGAGGAUGCUGGAGAAGAGGUCAAAGGUCAUUGAGGAGCUGCUGCAGACGGAGAAGGACUACAUCAAAGACCUGCAGAUGUGUGUCAAGGAAAUCAUUGAGCCGCUGCGGAAGAAACAGGUAAAGAACGUGGACUUUGACGGGCUCUUUGGAAACAUCAACUCUGUGAUUGACUUGUCGCAGCGGCUGUUUGACACACUGCAUGAGACAGACUCUAUUGGAAAGGUAUUUCUGGACUUCAAGACCGAGCUGGAGGAGGUGUACAAGAUCUACUGCCAGAACCAUGACGAUGCCAUCUCUCUGCUGGAGAGCUACGAGAAAGACGAAAACAUCCAGCGCCACGUGUUGGAGUGUCUCGACAGACUGAGAGCCAUUUAUCGAGACUGGGGUAAAACGAAUUACAUCAACCUCGGCUCUUUCCUGAUCAAGCCGGUGCAGCGGGUGAUGCGUUACCCGCUGCUGCUGAUGGAGCUGCUGGGGGCCACGCCCGAGAGCCACCACGACCGGCCCCAGCUGACUGAGGCUCUGCAGGCUGUCAAGGAGAUCAACGUAAACAUCAACGAAUACAAGCGCAGGAAGGACCUCGUGGUGAAGUACAGGAAAGGGGACGAGGACACGUUCAUCGACAAGAUCUCCAAGCUGAGCAUGCACUCCAUUAUCAAAAAAUCCAACCGGGUCAGCAGCCACCUCAAGCACCUCACAGGAAUUUCACCCCAGAUUAAAGAUGAAGCGUUUGAUGAGGCUGAGAAGAAAUUCAGACUGCAGGAGAGACUCAUCAAAUCUUUUAUCAGGAACAUUUCCUUGUACCUGCAACAUAUCAGGGAAUCCGCAUCCGUGAAGGUCUUGGCAGCCAUCAGUUUCUGUGACAUCUACACAGAGCGCAGUAUGCUAGACCCUGAGCGCUUCCAGAGAGCUCACCGCUGCAUCAGUGACAAGCAGUUCACACAAUUUAAGGAGCGCACAGAGACCUUAGUCAUCAACCCACUCACCCAGCUGCUCCUCAUGUUCGCCGGGCCGCACAAACUCAUCCAAAAGCGUUUCGACAAGCUGCUGGACUACGACAACUGCAAGGAGCGAGCUGACCGCCUCAAGGACCGCCGUGUCCAGGAGGAGCUGCAGGUGGCGCGCAACAACUACGAGGCGCUGAACGCCCAGCUUCUCGACGAGCUCCCCAAGUUCCACAGUGCAGCGGAGGAGCUGUUUACGGGUUGCGUGACAGCCUUCGCUCAAGCGCAGAAGGAUUUCAUGAAGACAACGCUGGGAGAGCUGAAGCCCCUCCUACAGGUUUUUUCCAGCAAAGUCAGCACGGAGGGCAACCUCAUCGCACAGUUCCAAGAAGAGUACGGCCGAGUUCUCCAACUUCUACAGAGCUUUAGCUUCUGCCCGGAGAACCUGCCUCCAGCCACCACCACAAAAAAGCCCUUUGAGAGGAAGACUCUGGAAAAGCAGACGUCUAAAAAGCAACUGCAGGGACCUCCAAACUGCGUCGUGCAGACAGAGGAGCACCGUGCAGGACUUCUGGUACGCUACGGCCCUGAGAAACUUUUCCAGGCUGAGAGGAACUUUAAUGCUGCCCAGGAUCUGGAUGUGUCUAUACAAGAGGGAGACCUUGUGGGUGUGAUCAAGCAGCAGGACCCUAUGGGUAGCCACAACCGCUGGCUAAUUGAUAAUGGAGUCACUAAGGGUUUUGUCUACAGCUCCUUCCUCAAACCUUACAACCCGCGCAGAAGCCAGUCGGACGUGUCCAUCGAGAGCCAGUCAUCCAAUGAGUCAGGCUAUGGCGGUUCCUCCCCUGUUUUCUCCCGCCAGAACAGCAACAGCACGCUGACCUUUAAUCAGGAAACAGCCACCGUCAGCUUUUCCACAUCGCAGGCCCAGAAUCAUUCGUCGCCACACCCGUCGCUGGACUCUGCAUCGUCUCGUAGGAGUCACCACAGAGAUGUGCCCAACCCCGACUCUGCCAGUCAAAGCAACUCCAUAAACUCCUCGCCCCGAAAUCCCUCGAACCGAAGGGAAUAUUCAGACCAAACGCACCGAAACUCCCCCAGACACAGAGAUGCAGAGCCUUCGUACCAGCACUCAGGCAAUCACAGAGACUCGUAUGAUACAAGUUACGCAAGUUCGAGCAGCCACAGAGAAACGUCGGACCUCUCAGAGACAGACUCUUCUUCUUCACACAGAAACAAUCACUCACAACGGUAUGGACACACAGACAAAUCCUAUAGUUCAUACCAGUGGAGAAAUGGAGAGAAUUGUGGCCAAAAGAAGUCUGCUUACCCCAGAGAUGAGUACAUCGAGCCGGAGCCAGAGCCUGAGCCAGAACCAGAACCUGAGAGUGAAUUAGACGGUCAUCAGAUUUAUUAUGCUCUCUACUCUUUCAAUGCCCGUUGUCCCAACGAACUGAGCAUCUCAGCCAAUCAGCGGCUGCGGAUACUGGAGUUCCAGGACAUGAACGGCAACAGCGAAUGGUGGCUGGGGGAGGCGGGAGGCCGACGCGGCUAUGUGCCUUCCAACUAUAUCCGCAAAUCAGAAUAUACAUGAACAAGUUUUAUCAUGCGGAUGAUACCAGAGACUGCACUUCGAGAGAGUUCCUUAAGGAAUGCUCACUCUGCAAGCAGACAGAACAAAAAGACAAACAAGCAUGUUUGCGCUGUGAUUUUUUUUGACCCGUUGUCAUGGAGUUUGAUAGUAGGACUGACUUGCUGCUGACUCUGCUCCUGAAAGUUAGCAUUAUAUGCCUAUAUUUAUAGACUUUUAAUUUUUUUUUUUUUACUUACUGGAAAUUGCUCCCUACCCCCUCUCAUUUCCAGUGAAAAACCUGUGAAUUGCACCAGAUUUCUGCCAUAUACUCUGGAGCUGAAGACAAUGAAUUGUAUGUUUAAGAGAGCGUUUAAGGUUAGCACAUUGGGAGAUUGUGAUGAAAAUGUGAAGGUUUUGGGUUAAGACUGCUUCCUGUAAGCAAACACCCAGUGACAUGCACACAGACUGACCUAAACACUGUGUUAGUGACUUUUUUCCUUAAUGUGGUUUAUUACAUCACUAGAAUGAUGCAUGAAUAUUAGAUGCAUUUACACCAUACUUUUCAACAAUCAAAGUUUGUGGCACUUAAUGAUGAUUAUCCACUGGUUGCAAGUUUGAAGUGUCUGGAGCAAUCAACAAGAAUUUGGAGUGUUGUUGAAAUUAAUAUUGAUUAUCUGAAUUAAGGAUGGCAAUUGAAUGGCAUAUGAAAUACAGUUUACAGGUACUUCCCUUGUACUUUUUGAAUACAUUUUUUUAACUGGGUUGACACUGUGUAAACAGGUGGUGACCCAUUUUACCUGUAAGAGGAGGUUAACCAACUGGGAGAGAGAGAGACUGUGGUCUAAUCUUAGCUAUGAUUUCGCCACAUGCUCCCCAUGUACAUUAUAUAUAGUGCUGUACAGUGAAAAUAUACUAUUGCACCCACUGUAAAUUGAUCACUGUUUGAAUAAAAAACAGCUCAGCUGACGAAUAUUGA